AUGGCUUCACGCAGGUCGGGAUCGCCGUCGACCCCCUCUGAGGGUGAGAUCAUCGAAUCAGGUUCAGAGACGAAGGCAACUACGUCGCAGACUUCUGUUAAUGGCACCACUGUUGACCGUCGCACCAGAACUAGCCCUUCGUUUUCUCCUAGAUCUCCCGCCUCGGUGACGAGAUCGCCACGCCCACGCCGGUCCAGGUCCAGGUCCAGGUCCAGAUCCAGGUCCAGGCCGCGGUCGCGGUCUCGCUCUCCCUACCGAGACUAUCGAGGAGAGAAGCGUCGACGCGAAGAUGACUACUACGACGACAGACGCUUUCGGCACGGCUCGCGCCGCUAUGGGUCGAGGUACGAUGACAGACGCUACGAUCGCGGCUAUCCGCCGCCGCGGCGCCACAGAGGCUACCAUGACUACGACCGAGACGAUGGGUACGGUGGGGGGCUUCGAUACAGUGACGACUACGACAGACGCCGUGACAAGCGGGCGAGGACGCGCAGCCGUUCUCCGUACCGGGACGUCAGAAAGCCCAAACAGUAUGACACCGACGAAUUGGAUACUACCAGGCACAAGGAGUCGGUUGCAGACAGGAGGACUUCUACUGAACAGUCAGUGAGCGAACGGGGCAAAACCCCAGUCGUCGCUCAAGAUGUGAAACCAGAGGCUGAAACUCGAGAGCAUCAGGUGCAGCAGGAACCUAGCAAAGACGAUUCUCGUCCAGUAGCUGAGCCGGAAGUUUCGGGCAAAGACGCUGCUCCCGAAGAACCAGAGCCCGCUGAGCCGAUGGACGAGGCUGCCCGACUGGAAGCGCGACGAAAACGACGCGAGGCUAUCAAAGCUAAGUACCGAGGCCAGGCAACACCUAUGCACUUACAAGCCUUACACGUUGGAGCUGAGACAGAAUCUACCACGCCUAGUGUUGACACUUCUCGCGAUGGCGCCUCAGCGUCGAUGUCUCCUCCAGCUCAAGGACCGCCAAACGAAGACGCUGCGCCACUCCCUGAGUUUAAAGUCACGAAAGAUGAUGAUCUUGCUAAUACUGGUGUUGAGCCGAUGGACGGUGUCGAGAAGGAUGAGCCGUCCGCGGCGGACUACGAUCCCACUCAAGACAUGCGAGAAGACAGGGAGAGGCAUGACAAGAGACAUUUCGGCGGUGAUGUAUCUGCCGCGGAGUAUGAUGAAACGAAGCAGGCGAAGCAAGACGUUCUCGUACCUGAUUCUGCUGAACAAAAGCAGCAUGCACAGGCGCCCGCCAAGGAUUAUGACAUGUUUGCCGAAGACGACGACAUGUUCGCCGAGGAGCUUCCGGAGCCGGCACCGCGCGGCGGGCCGACCAAAGGCGCAGAACUCGACAUGAGCAUGAUGGACAAUUGGGAUGACCCAGAGGGUUACUACAAUGUGAUGCUGGGUGAGUUGAUCAACGGGCGGUACCAUGUGCAGCAGAAUCUGGGCAAAGGGAUGUUCUCGUCCGUGGUGCGCGCGACAGAUUCCAAGACGGGAAAACUCGUGGCAGUCAAGAUCAUCCGUCGCAACGAUACGAUGAGAAAGGCGGGUAUGAAGGAGAUUGAAAUUCUCCAGCAGCUCGCGGCCGCCGAUCCGGAUGACAAGAAGCAUGUCAUCCGAUUCGAGAGGUACUUUGAGCACAAGGGACACCUCUGCAUGGUCUUUGAGAACCUCAGCAUGAACCUCCGUGAGGUGUUGAAGAAGUUUGGGCGCGACAUCGGCCUUAAUUUGCGGGCGAUCCGUGCCUAUGCGCAGCAGAUGUUCCUCGGGUUGAGCCUCCUCCGCAAGUGCAACAUCCUGCACGCGGACUUGAAGCCGGAUAACCUGCUGGUGAAUGAACAGCGCAACACGCUGAAGAUCUGCGAUCUGGGGUCCGCAUCGCCGGCUUCGGAGAAUGAGAUUACGCCGUACCUGGUCAGCCGCUUCUACCGUGCUCCGGAGAUCAUUCUGGGUAUUCCGUACGACUACGCGAUUGACAUGUGGUCGAUCGGCUGCACGCUGUACGAGCUGUACACGGGGAAGAUCCUGUUCACGGGGCGCAACAACAACCAGAUGCUGCGAUCGAUAAUGGAAUGCCGGGGAAAAUUCCCGCCCAAGCUUCUGCGGCGCGGGACACUGACGCACCUGCAUUUCGACGAGAUGCUCAACUUCCAGAGCACGGAGGAGGACAAGAUCACGGGGCAGGUCGUGACGCGGGUGCUGGACUUUAAGAAGCCGACGCGGGAUCUGAAGACGCGGCUGAUGGGGAAAGGCACGAAGGGGAUGAGCGACGCGGAGGCCAAGGACCUGGCGUUGUUUGUCGACCUGCUGGAUCGGUGUCUGAACCUGAAUCCGGAGAAGCGGUGCACGCCGAUGGAGGCGUUGAAGCAUCCGUUUAUCGUGAGGCCGAGGGCAUAA